AUGCGCCGAAACUCAUCAGUGGUGAGCAUUUGGAAUUGGAUUUCCAGAUACGACACCAUUCAAAAUCUUACCGCCUUCAACCCAGCCUCCUGGAGCAACCAGCUCAUGCUCUUUUUGGUAUUGGUUAAUUCUGUCAACCAUGACGGGUCUGAAAGAUUUAAUCAAACCUUGGAUAGGCCAUGCAGCAGCAUCUCCCAAGGCACAGAUGGUGUGGCCUUCAAUCUCCUUAGUCAAUUCAAAAAUCUGGUCAAUUUCCUUUUCUGUUGCUUGACCCUUGACAAAUCUGUCCAUCAUUUUCUGCAACCAUGUGGUACCUUCUCUACAAGGAGUACAUUGGCCACAAGACUCGUGUUUAUAGAAAGCGGAGAAUCUUUGAAUGGCUCUGAUAAUGUCAGUUUGCUUGUUCAUGACAAUGACAGCGGCAGUUCCCAAACCAGAGCCAACAUCUUUCAAAGCAUCGUAGUCCAUCAAGACAUUGUCACAAACAUCUUUUGGCAUAACUGGAACGGAACAUCCGCCAGGAAUAACACCCAACAAGUUGUCCCAUCCACCAAUAACACCGCCACAGUGCUUUUCCAACAAUUCCUUCAAUGGGAUAGACAUUUCUUCUUCCACGGUACAAGGUUCGUUGACGUGGCCAGAGAUACAGUACAACUUGGUACCUGCGUUUCUCUCACGACCGAAAGAGGCAAACCAGUCGCCACCUCUUCUCAAAAUCGUAGGAGCAACAGAGACAGUCUCGACAUUGGCAACAGUUGUUGGUCUACCAAACAAACCAACACCAGCAGGGAAAGGAGGCUUCAAUCUUGGCUUUCCUGCCUUGCCUUCGAUAGACUCAAUCAAAGCAGUCUCUUCACCACAAAUGUAAGCACCCAUACCACGGUGGAUGUACACAUCAAAGUCGUAGCCCGAUCCACAUGCGUUUUUACCGAGAAAGCCAGACUUGUAAGCUUCGUUGAUGGCAUUCUGCAAAAUGGUAGUUUCGUUGUAAAACUCGCCUCUGAUGUAAAUGUACGCAGCAGUGGCAUUCAUACCUCUUCCAGCCAACAAACAUCCUUCAACCAACUUGUGUGGGUCCUUUCUGAUGAUUUCUCUAUCUUUACACGUACCAGGCUCACCCUCAUCAGCGUUAACGACCAAGUAUCUUGGUCCUGGGUUCUUUUCCCAUCCUGGAGGGUUCAUGAAAGACCACUUAAGUCCAGAAGGGAAACCAGCACCACCUCUGCCUCUCAAGCCGGACUUCUUCAUUUCAUCAAUAAUCCAUUUGUCACCUUUCAAGAUGAUUUCUUUGGUCUUGUACCAGUCACCCAUCUUUUGGGCAGAUUUAAGGUCGUGGCCGUAGGUGCCAUAAACAUUUUGAAAGAUUCUGUCCAGGUCUUUCAAGCCACCGUGAACUCUGUUUGGGUUCACUGCUGGAUCGGCAUUAGUAGCCAAACGUCUCACGCUUCUGGCGCUGUUCCUCAAGUUGCGAAGCAUUUUAGCUGA